AUGCUCAAACGUCUCUAUUUCCAGCUCAGCGCUCACAAUGCGCACAACUGUGGUACAUAGCCAUUAGCACUGGAAAGCUGUCAUCGACCGGUGUCUUUCGUGCGAUUUUGGUGCAUGCCUCGAGGCCUGGCAAUCUCGACUUAUUGUCCUUCUCUUAUAGCCACCACACAUGGCAUCCUCGGGACAGACUCAUCGGCCUUUCCAAACAACCUAGUGGCUAUCCUAUGCUCACACAAUUACUUUACACGUGUACUGUGCUAUAUAAUGCAUAGCGAUCCUCUGUUUGGCAUAAACAUCGCCCGCCUCUCUACAAUACCAUCUCUACAGACCUGGGUAGUAUAUACGUCUCACCCCAGUUACGUUCUAAAACCGACAUCCCGAUCCUCCAGACAAGAAUGAGCCAGCAGCAGGUCAUGUCGCCUCCAUCGCCCUUCAAUCGGGGCGAAAUCUAUCCCACCUUCAGUGCAUCUUAUGAAAUAUAUCGAGGGACUAUCAACAACAAACCGGUGUUUGCGCAGACAUGUAGACUUCAGAGUCCUCUGCAAACACGCGAGCACCUGUCCGAUGAUUUUAUGCAGGCUUUUUCGAAACGCCUGGAAAGCUGGUCAAAGUGUAACCAUCCGAACAUCGUAACGCUGAUAGGACACACUCUGCUGGAAGACAGUAUACCGACGUUGUUUAUACCAACUUACAAGAAUGGUUUCGCACACGAUUAUCUAUUGAAAAACCCGAGUUGCGACAGAUUGCGCUUGGUUUCAGGCAUCGCAAAAGGUCUGCAAUACCUACACGCUAUAAAGUCUCCCAUAGUCCAUCAAGACAUGAGAUGUCAAAAUAUACUCGUCGAUGACAAUGGAGAAGGCUGUCUGACUGCCGUAGGCACACGUUUUAUGUUCAAGGAUCCUCUCGGACACUCGGUCCACUGGACUGCACCUGAAGUCUUACGAUCCAGAGAAAACGAUGACAAUGACGAUGUGGAGAUGACACCUCCUUCUGAUGUAUACAGCUUUGGGAUGACUGUUCUUGAGAUCUAUUCGGGACGUCUUCCUUUCCACGAAAAAAAUUCUUGUCAAGUGUUGCUAGAUGCCUUGAACCCUCAAGGUAAUCGUAAACUGAAACGCAGCGACUAUCCAUCCCCCCCGGACGAUAUCUGGAGGUUGAUAACAAAAUGCACUUCAGAAGAGCCGUCACAGAGGCCCACUAUGGACGAAGUUAUUCGAGAUCUUACAGCUUGCUAGUAGCUCAAUCUUCAUGUUCUCAAGUUCUUCAAUUCGUUCUAUUUACCGAAGUAUACCGUAUUUUCGCUGGACGUUGAUACACUUACCUGCUAUGAUGUGCUCAUUCUCGGGAAUCAAAAUAUUGCGUGGCGCAUAAGGUUGAGAUCGGUUGAAAUGGUAGUGGGAUCCAGGGAAUGAUCAUGAUCGAUCGUACGGGAGUCGAUCAUGGCUGGUGGCAUUCAUUCUCGCAUGGUCGAUUGGUUUGACGUCACAGGUUCCUUUUCCUUCGAAAUCUGCACGUUUAUAGAAAGGUCGAUAAAACCUGAAACGUACGACGGAUACGGAUCUACGCGCUUCGAGGCUAACAGGAACGACGAAGUCAUGCAGGGCGGGGGAUAGCUCCCGAUGCGUGACG